ACACUGUCUACCCUGAAUGGUCAUUUGCUCCGGUUCUUGUGAGGAUUUGUAAAUUAAAACCAUGUCCCUGCUUCACAAACUGAGCCGAUCGGCGCUCCAGGUAGUUUCCGCCACCAGCAGGCGAAGGAAUCCGUUGCCUAUCCGGCUGUUAAGCGGGCAGGAAGGAAAGCCUGCCGCGCCGGUGGAGGAAGUUUCUGUAGAAAACCCGGCUGAGAGCAGCAAGGGAGGAUUCGCUCGUGCUUUUGACAAGUACACUGCUCCCGCCACACCGGAGCUUCCCCCGGAGGAUAACCAGACGUUUGCCUCUCUCCUGCGCAAUUCCAAGUUUGUGGACCUGGGCAGCGCCGAGGGAAAGGUAGUAACUGGCAAGAUCUUCCAUGUCGUGGGUGAUGAUCUGUAUAUAGAUUUUGGCUGGAAGUUUCACUGCGUUUGCAGUCGGCCCUCUAGAAACGGCAGCGACUAUGUCAAAGGCGCCCGGGUUCGCUUGCGCGUAAAGGAUUUGGAGCUGUCAACCAAGUUCCUGGGGUCCUCUAAGGACAUUACCAUUCUGGAAGCAGACUGCCAUCUUUUGGGUCUCAUUUCCUCGCCCACCCGGCAAACAACCGCCAGGUCUACGCCCAAACUAGAAAAUAUUUUAUAAGUUGUCUUUAUUCUAAACGAGUGCAUUAAAACCAAGGUUUGUUAACUGUUACGUCAA